AUGCAGACCAAAUUUUUACUCUACAUUGACCAGUUAAACUUGGAAAAGAACAACCUCGAGAGUCGGGAAUAUCUCAGUCAGUUUGACAAGAUCCAGAUUUGUCAGCAGUCCUUUGAACACAAUGGAAAUGAGAAAACUUUCAGCGGGAAGAAGAUUGUCCUUAUGUGUGAACAAGUUUAUACCAAAAACCCAUGUAAUCAGCAACCUGUCAGUGUGGGAGAAGCCAUUCAUGUUGGCUGCUAUAAAUCUUGCCUUAGCACCAACCUGAGAACUGACACAGGAGAAUAUUUGUAUGUGUCCAAUGAAUGUAAAGGAAACCUGUACCAGAAGCCAGAACUCAUCAGAAAUCAGAUCCUUCAAAGUGCAGACAAUCCGUAUGAAUGCACUGAACAUGGAAAAGCCUUUCACCAGCAAUUAUCACUAACUGGGCAACAGAGACUCCACACAAGGAAAAGAUCUUAUGAAUGUAAGGAGUGUGAAAAAGAGUUUCCUCGUAACUCCAGCCUAAAAAUACAUGAGAGGGUCCACACAGGGGAGAAAACUUAUGAAUGCAGGGAGUGUGAAAAAGGUUUAUGUCACAAGUCAAACAUGAACUCUCAUCAUAGAUUACACACUGGGGAACAACCUUACAAAUGUAUUGAGUGUGAGGAAUGCUUUUCUUAUCAGCAACCCCUCAUUGCACAUCACAGAAUCCACAUUGGGGAAAAACGUUAUGAAUGUAGUUGGUGUGGAAAAGCAUUUCUUCAUAAGUCAAGCAUGAUCAUACAUCAGAGAAUCCACACUGGGGAAAAACCUUAUGAAUGUAGUGAGUGUGGGAAAGCUUUUUCUGCUAAGUCCGGCAUUAGAUCACAUCAGAAAAUCCACACAGGGGAUAAACCUUAUGAAUGUAGUGAGUGUGGAAAAGCUUUUAUUCGUAAGUCAUACCUCAUUUCUCAUCAGAGAAUCCACACAGGGGAGAAACCUUAUGAAUGUAGUGAGUGUGGAAAAGCUUUUUCUUUUAAGUCAAACAUUAGAUCACAUCGGAGAAUCCACACCGGGGAAAAACCUUAUGAAUGUAGUGAGUGUGGAAAAGCUUUUCUUCAUAAGUCAAGCAUGAUCAUACAUCAGAGAAUCCACACCGGGGAAAAACCUUAUGAAUGUAGUGAGUGUGGAAAAGCUUUUCUUCAUAAGUCAAGCAUGAUCAUACAUCAGAGAAUCCACACUGGGGAAAAACCUUAUGAAUGUAGUGAGUGUGGGAAAGGCUUUCCUUAUAAGCCACACCUCAUUAGACAUCAGAGAAUCCACACUGGGGAAAAACCUUACGAAUGUAGUGAGUGUGGAAAAGCUUUUAUUCGUAAGUCAUACCUCAUUACUCAUCAGAAAAUCCACACAGGGGAGAAACCUUAUGAAUGUAGUGAGUGUGGAAAAGCUUUUAUUCGUAAGUCAAGCAUGAUCAUACAUCAGAGAAUCCACACUGGGGAAAAACCUUAUGAAUGUAGUGAGUGUGGCAAAGGCUUUCCUUAUAAGCCACACCUCAUUAGACAUCAGAGAAUCCACACUGGGGAAAAACCUUACGAAUGUAGUGAGUGUGGAAAAGCUUUUAUUCGUAAGUCAUACCUCAUUACUCAUCAGAAAAUCCACACAGGGGAGAAACCUUAUGUAUGUAGUGAGUGUGGAAAAGCUUUUAUUCGUAAGUCAAGCAUGAUCAUACAUCAGAGAAUCCACACUGGGGAAAAACCUUACGAAUGUAGUGAGUGUGGAAAAGGCUUCUCUGAUAAGUCAAGCCUCAUUAGACAUCAGAGAAUCCACACUGGGGGAAAACCUUAUGAAUGUAAUGAGUGUGGAAAACCAGAUGUCUUGGCAUUUGACACAUAUACGUUUAUUGUGGUGACCUCUUCUUGCAGCGGCAGCAGCGAUGAUGCCAACCCUGCAGGCGGGGGCAGCUGUGGCGGAGGCGGCUGUGGUGGCACAGUGGUGUUGACUGUGACCACAGUGGGCCGCGGCGGCACCUACAUAGGGGGUGGCUGCAGCGGAGGUGGUAGCAGCAGAAGGCGGCAGCAGCGGCAAGAAGAGAAGCAGCGGAGGAAACAGCGAUGGUGA